GGGGGGGCAGGGCUACAUUGUGUCUGUUGUACGUUCUUUCUUUAUUUUGGCCCUGGCAUUUUGUACCUUUCACUGGAGAUUUAAGUCGGGAGUAAAAAGCAUGGCAGAUGAGCAAGAAAUCAUGUGCAAACUCGAGAGCAUCAAGGAGAUCAGGAAUAAGACUUUGCAGAUGGAAAAAAUAAAAGCCCGACUGAAAGCAGAAUUUGAAGCCCUGGAGUCUGAGGAGAGGCACCUGAAAGAGUACAAACAGGAAAUGGACCUGCUGCUGCAAGAGAAGAUGGCCCAUGUAGAGGAGCUGCGACUGAUCCAUGCAGAUAUUAACGUGAUGGAGAAUACUAUCAAGCAGUCUGAGAAUGAUCUCAACAAGCUCCUGGAAUCUACUCGUCGCCUGCAUGAGGAGUACAAACCCCUGAAGGAACACGUGGAUGCUCUGCGGAUGACUCUAGGAUUGCAGAGGCUGCCAGAUCUAUGUGAGGAGGAAGAGAAACUGUCCCUUGACUACUUUGAAAAGCAGAAAGCGGAAUGGCAGACAGAACCACAGGAGCCUCCCAUCCCAGAGUCUCUGGCUGCAGCUGCAGCAGCUGCUCAGCAGCUGCAAGUGGCUAGGAAACAAGAUACCAGACAGACAGCAACUUUUAGACAACAGCCACCUCCAAUGAAGGCAUGUUUGUCGUGUCACCAGCAAAUUCACCGGAACGCGCCCAUAUGUCCGCUCUGCAAAGCAAAGAGCCGAUCUCGGAAUCCGAAGAAGCCCAAGAGGAAACAGGAUGAAUGAGACACAGAAGACUGACGAUCAAACACAUGACCUGUUCCAAUACUCUUCCAGUAGAACUGCAAAUGUGGCCAGACUUUACUAAGUGCAAACUCAAGUAUGACCCUUUGUUUUCUAUUUAAUGCGGUGUAAGCACAAUGUUCCUAUUCUGUCUUAAUUUCCUUCCAGUCCUUAGGAUUUGGUUCUAGGAAAGUAAGUAUUACUGGUGCUAUGCUUUAACAUUUCAGCCAUUCCAUCUUUUGGACUCUGAAACAAAGUAGAGUUCGUAUGCAAGUAUCCUAAAUGCCAGGCUAUUCAGAUUGGCCAAAUUUGACUACCACAAACACUUUUAUGUUCUCCUUUUAAAAACAGAUGUUGCUAAAAUAUUAUCCUGUUUUCUUCUCAUACCAGGAGACUAUUUCAAGUGCUGAAAUAGCAGACUGUCUAUUUGUUUCACUAAAGAACAAUUUUGUUUGUUUUCCAAGCUACUAAGGCUGUGUAGAUCUUACUAUGCAUGGGACCAACUACACAUAGGUCCUGCUCUGCGUAGGACUGCUCUGGUUACACAGGGAGUGUUCAGGGAAAAAAAGAAAUCAGUUAUUCAGGAAACCAGUGCAUUAAGGACACGAGUUUUGAUUUACUGGAGUUUGACUGUAUCAUUCCCUCAAACUUGACUUGAAAUUCAGAAGGGGGAUCGAGUCACCGUCUGCGUAUGAACUUCUAAAAUCAGUGUAACUUGCGAUGCUUUAACAUCUUAAUGCAGUAUCAUUUCAGCAGUCAGAAGACUGACUGACUUAAGUACAAGGCUGAAAUGAACUGUAUUAACAGUCCUCCUGGGCUCUAUGGCCAACUAGCUCACUGGGGUUCUCCAAGAAACAUGCGUGAAAUGUCCCAAAUCUCUAUGCACACAGACUGCCACAUCAGCCACUCUGCACGUCCUCUAUUCCUGAUUUCUACAGCCAAUGUGUCCCUUGGCUGACAUAUCCUCUGCUGGAGCACAGGGACCUUCAGUAACAUCCACUAGGAACAGCAUCAGCUAGAAGUUAUGUAUUUCACCAGAACUGCCUGGCUUCAUGUCAUCAGCCUUCCUCGACCAGAACUUCCUUUUUUAUAUCUUCUAACAGGUCAUUUUGAAGUAAGCUUUAUUUCAGCCCAUUUUUUCUCAUUCUUGCUCUGUACAUGUGCCAAAACAACCUCAACUAAAGGCUCCUUUAGAGCACUCCCUGUAUCUGUCUUCCCUUAGUUUCACCCCAUGUAACAACAGUUCCUUCAAUGAGGACGUUGCUGUUAAUUUCCCAACUUGACCACGUAAUACCUGGGUAUUUCAUUGAAUAUAAUCCUACAGUUUAUGCCAAAUUCAGCUGGUAUUCUCCCAUAUUAAUGUUUCAUGGUCAACAGUCAUAUAAACAUGUCAACAGCAGAGCCAGAAUGUGGCCCAUGUGCCCCUGAAAAUAUAUGAAGGGCAGAUUCUGGUAGCUGAAUUCCUAGGAUUCAGUCUCUGUGAGCUAGAAAUAACAAAAGAGCUCCAAGUGCCAGUAGUGCACUAGUUCUAGCAUUAUGCACAUUUCUCAGCACAAAUACUGGACUCUACUGUGAAGUGUCAGAGCAGACACAUGCUGUGAGGCCUUUUCAGAGCAAUUCCUAUGGAGUUGAAGGACAGUAUAAAGACUCCCUUAAAGAACAUGGAUGGCAGCAGCGUACCUUGAUGGCAAUUGUACAUAAAUAUAAGAAAUAGUGACAGUGGAGAAUGGGUGAGUGGUCUGCAAUGAAAUAGUGUGGAUAGAAGGACAGAGCUGUAGAAACUUCAACUUACAGAUCCGAAAUAGGAGAUCUCCUGAGCUCGGAGCUGAGGUCUGUUCAAGGACGUGCCAUUUACUAAUUUAGUAUGUCACUUUUGUAUCUGUAUUCUUUUACACUAGUCUCUCGUCCCCUCACCUUCAACAAGGUUUGUUUGGUUUUUAAAAAGACAAAAAAAGGGAAUGGGACACACUGUGACACACUGUGUUUGUAUCAACCACGUAGCAGCAUUUACAAAUCUGUUUUCACAUACCUUAUGGGUUCUGCUGUAUGAAUAGCAUACCUUGCUAAGUACAUCCCAAACUGAAUAUGAGUUAUCAGUCAGCCCUGCCAGCUAAAAGGGCACCCUUGUCCCAAGGUGCAUCAAACACAGCAUGACUGGUUGGUUGAGUGAAGCAAUAGUCCCACUGUGCCACUCUACACCGCUUUGGUAUGGCCCCACCUUGAAUACUGUGUGCUGUUUUGGACAGCUCAAUGUAAGAAGAACAUCAGACUACUAGAGUGUGUCCAGAGGAGGGUGACCAAGGUGGUGAAAGGUCUCAAGGGAAUAACGGGAAGAGCAUCUGGGGUCGCUUGGUUUGUUCAUCUUGGAGAAGAGAAGGCUGAGGGAAGACAUCACAUUCUGCACCUUCCUCAAGCGGGGCAGCAGAAGAGGAGGUGCCAAUCUCCUCUCUGUGGUGACCAAUGUGGUGAUCAAUGUUACUCCAGUCUUCAAAAAGGGCAGGAGGGACGACCCAGGAAACUACAGGCUGGUCAGUCUCACCUCCAUCCCUAGAAAGGUGAUGGAACACUGAACAUAUGAAGGAAAAGAUGGUUAUCAGGGGGAGUCAACAUGACUUCACCAAGGGGAAAUCCUGUUUGACCAACCUGCUGCCUUCUAUGAGUGCAUAACCGGCUGGCUAGAUGAGGGGAGAGCAGUGGAUGUCAUCUACCUUGACUUCAGCAAGGCUUUUGACACCGUCACCCAUAACAUCUCAUCAGAAAGCUCAGGCAGUGUGGCUUGGAUGAGUGGACAGUGAGGUGGAUGGAGAGCUGGCUGAAUGACAGAGCCCAGAGGGUGCUGAUCAAUGGCACAGAGUGGAGUUGGAGGCCUGUGGCCAGUGGAGUUCCACAGGGAUGGGUUCUGGGGCCAGUCUUGUUCAACAUCUUCAUCAAUGACCUGGAUGAGGGGACAGAGUGUGCCCUCAACAAGUUCCCUGAUGACACCAAACUGGGAGGACUGGCUGAUUUCUCCAGAGGCUGUGCUGCCAUUCAGCAGGAUCUCGACCAGCUUGAGAGUUGGGCAGAGAGGAACCUCAUGAGGUUCAACAAGGACAAGUGCAGAGUCCUGCAGCUGGGAAGGAACAACCCCCUGCACCAGUACAGGCUGGGGGUUGAACUGCUGAAGAGCAGCUCUGCAGAGAGAGACCUGGGAGUCCUGAUUGAUAAUAAACUAAAUAUGAGCCAGCAAUGUGCCCUCAUGGCCAAGAAGGCCAAUGGCAUCAUGGGAUGCAUCAAGAAGAGUGUGGCCAGCAGGUCAAGGGAGGUUCUUGUCCCCCUCUACUCUGCCCUGGUGAGGCCUCAUCUGGAGUCCUGUGUCCAGUUCUGGGCUCCUCAGCUCAAGAAGGAUAGGGAAGUGCUGGAGAGAGGCCAACAGGCUCUCCAGGGAUGUGGCCUCAGCACUGAGCCUCUCAAAAUUCAAGAACCAUCUGGACAACGUUACACAGUUUAUUGUCAGGUAGUCCUGUAAGGAGCAGGGCGUUGGACUUGAUGAUUUUUUAUGAGUCCCUUCAAACUUGAGAUAUUCCAUGAGUCUCAUAAUUUCAAGGAGACAAAGUCUGCAUUAUGUAUUAAGGGAUUGUGGGGGUGAGGUGAAGGAGGGAAACUAUUUUUCACAGGGAACCAAUAUUCUCCUUUUCUCUCACAGAUUACUUAAAGAAAUUUAACUGAAGAGCUCUUCCUGUUACAGCUUGGCUCGCUUUUGUGCCAGGCACCUUUCUCAAGAGACUAGAGAAUACUGGUUUACUGGGUUUUAUUUUAGCUAAACGAGGAAGAUGUCUGAUGUACAGCUCUUACCUCAAGUCUGCUGCAGUUUUUGCCCCAUGUAGCAACAACAGCCUCUUGCUUUGUACCUCAGGCUGAGUACACUUACUCACUUGGCUUAAAGUCGUUAAAUUCACUGAGCAGCCACAAAGAUGCCCUUCUCAAAGCUUGCAAGACUUCACCAAAGUCCACUUUAAGCCUGGAUUUGUCGUUCCCUUUUCAAUGAUCAUUGAAGCAACAACAAAAUCACUGAGUUCUUUUGUUCUGUAUGGUUUCCAGAGUCUUUUCCUGGUUCCUCACCUCAAAGGACAGUCCUGUUGUUCUGCAACCAAAUGGCAAAAAGAUCACAAGCCUUUCCCACUCUGGUGCCCGUCUUUAACUCAUGCUCAAAGGAUGCAAAUGCUCUGCUGUCAUAAAGGCCUUUCAUACCCAACUGAGGGUAGAUCAGUUUUUCAGACUUUAGUGACAAGGGUCCCAUUUACUAGAGAGGGCACAUAAGCCAAAUUUUAACCCUUGCACUUCCUGAAUUGAGCUUUAGUUUUCUUAACAGGACAACGACCGACCGAGCCUGCCAGCAGCUUCGAGUUACAGAACUUAGUUUUGAAAUAAUAGGCACUAACAUGUUACUCUGAGUAGCAGUUUAUUCAGGAAAUUGAGACUUUCCUAGCACUUUUGUUUAAUCUGCUUUCCUUUAUUUUACAGUUUCCCAAUUCCUCCAACACAGGUUUUCGUUUUAACACGCAGGUUUUUUAGCAGCAUCUGGCAUUUUCACUGGCAUCUGUGUUUUAAAUAUUUUACUCCUGUGCCCAGUAGGAGUACCAGUGCUACCUGUUUAGUUUGUCUGUACAGUCCUUUUUAAUAAAUGUUUCAUG